UGUUCAAACAGCAAACAUAUACGAGAAAAGGGAAAUUAUCAUUUGACCAGAAUUAUCUUAAAAGAAGAUACGCGGCGUCUUAAAUUGUUAUUGUGCACGCAUGGCAGUGAGCCAGCGGUCGUUGGUAGGGGCUGCAGAGACAUGUCACUUUUAUGACCGGGCCGGCUAUUACGUCACCUUGUAUUGCCCGUAUAGCGGAUGCUGUGGCGUGUACAACGAUAGGUACUGCUGCUACACAAGCCACAUAGGUCUUAUUGUUGGUGGCGUGUUGGGCUUGCUGUUUCUGAUCGGAAUCUCCAUAGUGUCCUGCUGUUUCUGCGCAUGUUGUCCGGUCUACCAGAACAGAGUUCGAUCCAGGGGCGUGUAUAUAACAACAGCAGGAUCGAACACAGUGGCCCCAAACUACAACACCAUCAGCGCGACAACUCAGACAUCAAAGCCACCCACCGGUGCCUACAGGACUCAACCCCUGUCUCAUCAGUCCUAACCCGUCGACAUGAAGAAACAAAAAUUAGAAAACGAAAGAUGUCAUCGGAAUUGAAACAGAAUAUUUGGGUUAAAAUCUGUUAACUGUAUACUAUAGUAACCCGAUACUGUUGACCAAAACUAUGGAUGUCUGCUUUUUAAAUUAAUAUGAAUAAACGAACAAAAUAACGUAGAUCUGCGAAUGAAUGAAUCUAAAGUUUCUUGAAUGUUACGUAUAUAUACAUGAUAUAUAUUAGUACUAUAAUAUAAUCGAUUAAUUUUA